AUGAUCGACAAGCUGCCAGCCGAGCUGACCAUCGACGUCAUGAGCUACCUGCGACCGCACGAUCUGACUCAGCUGACCUUGACCUUCCGUGGCAUGAGCUCCGCUAAAGGCCACUACUGGCCUAAAGCAGGACCGGAUGAGUCCCUAAAAGACUAUUCAAGGAAGCUGUUACCAGGAGUUCAGGUGAACCAGAUCCUAGGCAACUACAUGUUCUUCAACACUGAACGUGGCACAAUUCUCAACCAACAUGGCGCCGACGGACUGAAAGUGCAUCUCGAGUUCGACGGAAAACACGAUCUUGAGGCUCUCUACGACAGUAACAAUUUCACUAAUAAGAACGAUUAG